ACCAACAAAAUGGUUGGUUUCCAGUGCUACUACGACACGUGGUUUUCGCAACUCCGGCAGCUAGUGCAGCAGCUCAGCCAAUCCCCGAACCCACCUACCACCGACGAGCACCACCACCAGCUCCGGCAGCUCAUCAACAAGGCCAUGUCCCACUACGCCGACUACUACGCCGCCAAGUCCGUCUCCGCCAAGCACGACGUCCUUGAGUUCUUCUCGCCGCCGUGGACCACCGCCCUCGAGCGGUCCCUCCACUGGAUCGGCGGGUGGCGCCCCACCACCGCCUUCCACCUCGUCUACACGGAGUCCAGCAUCCUGUUCGAGUCCCACGUGAUCGAUAUACUCCGGGGGUUCCACACCGGCGACCUCGGAGACCUCUCGCCGGCCCAGUUCGCACGUGUGAGCGAGCUCCAAAUUCAGACCGUACACGAAGAGAAUGACAUCACCGACGAUCUCUCCGACUGGCAGGAUGAGGCGAGUGAUCUUGCGGCGGCGAUUUAUGGGGAUGUUGGCCGGAAAAUGGAAAAGCUGGUGGGGAUUCUGGAGAGGGCGGAUCAGCUGAGGCUCAGGACCAUGAAAAGCUUGGUGGAGCUGCUUACGCUGCAGCAAGGGGCGGAGUUCUUAGUGGCUGCGGCGGAGCUCCAGUUCGGGAUUCAUGGCUGGGGCCUUCAACAAGAUCGCCACCGCGGAAACAACUAAUUAAUGACUUAGUUAGUAAUAAUUAUUAAUUAAUGCACCAAUUAAUUAGUACGUAUGUACAAGUUUGCCAGCAACUGUCAACUGUACCUUUUUUUUUAUUUCAAAUUAAUAGUUAAUGAUGGAUAUUUUUGAGGUAUUUUUUGUUGGGAAAAAUUAAUUAAUUUUUAAAAUAGUACUCUCUCCUUUUUACUUUAAUUAUUU